UCCUUCGUCACCCCAAGGACAUGCCACGAAGGAUUCCCCGCUUCCGAUGGCCGUUGCACUCCCUGCAUCCUCCUCCUACUUUCCUCGAGCGCACCCGACGGCCGCCGCUCUCCCUCCUGGCCGACCGCUGCGCUUCCAUGCGUCAGCUCAAACAGGUGCAUGCCCAAAUGAUCGUCUCCGCCCGCAUUGCCGACAACUACGCCGCAAGCCGCCUCCUUUCCUUCGCUGCCCUCUCCCCGUCCGGCGACCUUCCCCACGCCCUCCGCCUCUUCCGCGCCACCCCCCUCCCCAACUCCUUCAUGUGGAACACCCUCAUCCGCGCCCUCGCCGCUUCCCCCUCUCCCGCCACUGCCGUGGCCCUCUUCUCUGAGAUGCUGCAGGUUGGCACCCCUUCCGGCAAGCACACCUUUCCUUUCCUCCUGAAGGCCUGCGCUUGCCUCCCCUCCCCCUCCAUCGCGCGGCAGGUCCACGCUCAUGUCCUCAAGCGCGGGUUCCAUGUGGACCCCUAUGUCGUCAAUGGCUUGGUCCGCUGUUACGGUGUUCAUGGUCAUCUCGGGGAUGCCCGGAGGCUGUUCGAUGGAUUGCGCGAAAAGAAUCUAAUCGUCUGGACCACGAUGAUAAGCUCUUAUGCGCAGAAUUUUUGCUCCAAUGAAGCUCUCUUACUUUUUGACCGGAUGAUCGGAGCGGGUGUCGAACCAUGCAAUGCCACUCUGGCUUCCGUGCUGUCGGCUUGUGCUAGAUCUGGUGGGUUGGACUUGGGGCAGCAGAUUCAUUCGUUUAUAAGGGAGAAGGGAAUAGAAGUGGGAGUCAUUCUCGGCACUGCUUUAGUGGAUAUGUAUGCUAAGAAUGGUGCGAUCACAGCCGCACUUGAGCUGUUCAGGCAAAUGCCAGAGAAGAACACAGUGACAUGGAACGCUGUGAUCUGUGGUUUGGCUCAUCAUGGCCUUGCCAAUGCAGCUCUUGAUCUGUUCCACCAGUUGGAGAGGGAGCAGGUCCAACCAAACGAUGUAACUUUUGUAGGUGUCCUGUCAGCUUGUUGCCAUGCUGGCUUUCUCAAACUAGGGCGCCAGAUUUUUUAUUCCAUGGAAAGGACCUACAAGAUUGAGCCAAAGGUGGAGCACUAUGGGUGCAUGGUUGAUCUUCUUGGCCGGUGCGGGAAUCUAUUAGAGGCUGAGCGUUUAAUUAAAGGAAUGAAAUGGGGGGCUGAUGUGGUCGUUCUAGGAGCUUUGCUGACCGCCUGCAAGAACCAUGGGAACAUCGACAUUGCAGAGAGGGUGGUCAAUGAAAUGCUUAGAUUGGAUCCUGGAAACCAUGGUGUUUAUGUUGUUCUGUCCAAUGUGUAUGCAGAGGUGGGAAGAUGGAAAGAUGUUACGAGGUUGAGGAAAGUGAUGAGGGUUGGAGGUUUGAAAAAGAUUCCUGGAUGGAGCUGUGUAGAGGGUGAUGUUAGCUAAGUAAUUUUUGUACCCAUCUGGUGUUAUUGCCCAAGUUGCAACUACAUGUGGAAGUGGUCUCAUGUUUGACACAAGUAAGCCGGUUACAUAUAUCCAUCUGGGUAUUUAUGUUGUUCUAUACAAUAUGUAUGCAGAAUUGGGAAGAUAGAAAGAUGUUCCGAAGUUGGGAAGGUGAUGAGAGUUGGAGGUUUGAAAAAGAUUCCUGGAUGGAGCUGUGUAGAGGGUGAUGCUAGCUAAGUAAUUUUUGUGCCCUUCUGGUGUUAUUGCCCAAGUUGCAAUGACACAUGGAAGUGGUCUCAUUUUUGACACAAGGAAGCUGGUUACAUAUAUCCAUCUGGUAAGUGCCUUAUCUAGACAUAGAUGGCAGAACACCCAUUACAUUCUUUGGUUUAAAUGAGAUGAAGCUUCCAACUCCGACAUGCACAGGAUAGUUUUUUUAUUUAAGUUUUUUUUAAUAAUAUUAACUGAGACUAUGAAUACAGGAUUGUUUGGUAAGAACACUGAAACAAGUGAUCAACCUCAUGAAAAAAACAAGAUUGGCAUCAAACUGGGUCUGUCUGAUAUUUGAAGGUUACAAAGGCUUUACUUGGAGUUGGAGGCCAAGCUUGCUGCCUCAGGCUUUUUUUUUUCAAGGUUUCCUUUCUAUAUCUAAGUGCUCUAGAUAUUUACAACAAGAUUUGACCACUUAAUUAUGCAUAAAAAGCUAACAGAGAUGCCAUGAUUCUUGGUUCAAUGUGUGGUGCAAGAACCUGUAAUAAGGUCCCUAGUAGAAUCAUCUGUUGAGUUGAAAAUAUCCUAAAUUGUCCUGUAAAAGCAUUGGUAUGAUUUUUAUUUGAAAGGAUAAAAGGUAUUUUCUCAACUAAUUGCCUGUCUAUGCUAGCUUUCUGGAUUCAUGAUUCAGUUAUUUAGUGUUUGCAUGCUGUUAUAUGUUUCUUUAAUUUUUAUACAUCUAAACUUUCUCUAUGAAUGUUUGACGAAGGUUUCUCUAUGCCUUCCAUAAAGCAGACAACAUGUCGAGACUAAUGGAGAGCAGGAUUUGUUUGAACUUGAUUGCUGUGGCAUGAUUCAGACAAGUGUAUUGGGAAGCAGUGUUGAACCAGGGUGCACCUAGGAGAGAUUCAUGCAAGGAUUAACAUGGAAAUGAAAUUGGAGAAUAUGCAAUUAAGGAUUAGAGAACUAGUUUUAGAUAUCACACCUUAAGCAGAAGCACGAUACUGGUAUGACAUCUAGCAACAACUAGCAGCAGAGUUGAUUUCAUUCUUUGUAUUUGCUUGCAGUUGUCGUUGCAUGGAUCUUAGUUCUAAAGAAUCACCAAAAGGAAGAUCAAACAUACAACGGAAAGGUAAAUUUUAUAUGAAUUUUUUUAACCUUUUCAUAAUGCUUGGUUGAGAAGCUCAAGUGAUUGGUCAUAUGCCACUUGAUAGUGUAUUUAAGUAAUCUCAUGAAAAUAUCCCCUUUGUAUACAGUGAGAAAUCUGUGUCAUAUUCAUCCUUUCUAGACUUCAUAUUAAUGGACUUUAAGAUAUAUAGCAUUUGUGCAUGAACAAACGUAGAUAAAGAGCAGUAGAAUCUUGUAUGGAAUAGAUGAAAUGCCAUAUAUCACUUGUUUUAUGUAUUUUAAAUGGUACUAUAAAAAUAUCCUUUAUGUUUGUAUGAAUAAAACUGUAAUUUUAAGAUUUAGUGUGGCUAGAAAUCUCAUGCACAUGUAGUCUUUUCUAUGAAGUUGACUUCUAAGACGUACACGAGUGCAUAUAAAUAAAAGCAGUAGCAACUUGUUUUGGAUAAGAUGAGAUUGUUGAAUCUUGGAUUUUGAUGAUGAAGUCAAUUGUAAUUUGUUUGAUCUAAUCUAUAUGUUGAGAAAUGUGUACAGGAUUAACUACGAUAGCAGUAAGACAUAAAGCAGGUGUUAUGCCGGAGUCAAGAUCAAGAUCUCAUUGGGAGUUCCAGAGUUCGUUGGAAGUCCGGACGUUCGUCGGAAGUUCUGCCGGAACCAACCGAGAAGUCUAGGAGCUUGCCAAAGAAGCUCGUCGGAACUCACUAAGAAGAUCGUCGUAAAGUCGAGGAGCUUGCCGGGAGUCCGCUGGAAUAUUGCCGAGAGUUCGUCGGAUGUUCACCGGAAGUACGUCGGAAGCUCGCCGGAAGUACGCCGGAAGAGCAAUUGAUGCACCGGAACAAGAAGCGUUGUAAUUGUGUCUUGGUUAUUGUAGUUAGAGGAUAAAUUAAGUUAGGAUUGGGAGGUAAUCCCACUAACUUAAUUAGGGGCCAACUAGGCCCUUAACAGGGUUGAAUUGGGCCGAAUUGAGCUGCCAAUUCAGCCCUUGAAAACAUGGCCGGCGGUGGCACCGCUUGGAAAGUAGUGCUCUAGGAUUUCUAGGCGAUGGUACCGCCCAGUGUCUGAUCAGCGACGGUAGUACCGCCUAGAAACGGCGGUGGUACCGCUAGUAUCCCGGAUUCCGGUGAUGUGACACUUUUUGGCUCCAAUUUUGAAGCCAUUGGGGUUUAUAAAAACCCCAUCCAUUUCUACAUGAAAGGGCACGAAAUUAUUGGCUUAUCUUGAAUUCUUGAGUCUUAUAAGUGUUGUAUAAGUUAGAAAGAGUUCUCCUCCUUCA